UUGCUCGCAUCAUCAACAACGAUAAACAAGAAAGAAAUAGUUAACUAAAUUUUAAUUAAAAUUUUUAAUUGUUGAGAAAUUUAGUUGAAUUUUUUUAAAACCGUGGGUCUCUUUCUUUUAUGGAACGUGCACUGUGCGAACGGGAAAUCGGUGGUUUCGAUUUAAUUCUAUAAAUACUGCUGUUAAUACUUGCCACAGAAAUGGCGGAUGAAGGAGGAACUCGACUUAAUGAGACUUUUGAAAUAGACACUGAUGAUAAAGGAAUUGAAUUUGAUUUACCAAUUGAAAGCGGGGGGUUAUAUCGUGAAAGGGUCAAAUCAUUUACCGAUACAAAUUGGCCUUACGUAGAUCCUACCACGCAUUCCUGUACUCCGGAAGAGCUAUCCAUGUCCGGGUUCAUGUGCUGUACGGAUGAAACCACACAGGAAAAGGUUAUCAAAUGUUUUGCAUGCAAUAUUGCAAUAUCUGCUCAUGACCUCGGUCCGGAUUCGGAGCCUUGGUACAUUCACUUAGAAAGAUCGCCGGAUUGUCCUUAUCUGCAGUUAGGGAAAAAAAAGUUUCCACGAGAUUACACAUUCCGAGACAUAUCAGAUAUUCUUUUUAAAAAGCUGCUUCAAGUACCAACCCUCCGAUUUCAACAGAUUGAAGAUGAAAUAAGAAAGAUUGCUCCACCAAAUAAUAAAGAAGAGCAGCAUAACAAAUGAACUGCAAUGCUAGUAUAUGAGUUGGAGAUGGUUUACCUUUUAAAUAAUUUUUUAAAUAAAUGUUCAACCAUGAUUUUUUUAGGUAUGCGCUUUAAGACAUUUAAAAAUGUAUAUUUUUGAUUACUGAUUUACCCAUCGUAAGUAUUUAAAUAUGCACAUACGUUCACCAAAAUUGUUAGGAUUAAGCUUAAUAUCUCAUAUUUUUACACUUUUGUAACCAAUAUGAAAUGUACUGAUAUGAAAUAUAUUGUGAUGAAUGAUGAA